CUUUGGACCUACCCAACCUUGGGCAUUUUGGACAUCUCUGCCAGUUUCUUCAAUGCACGAUCCUGGCCUGACACACUCAGAAGCUCAGCAUUCGCAACCAUGAGCAACCCAGAAUUUACACACUCUCCCCCUCCGUACGAACUUUCCUUACAAAAUGACCCAAAGAUCAGUCAGUCACUACAACAGGACGAACUCAAGAAGGCGCCUGUUACAGACGACAAGCACGUAGACUGGGAACAGACCAAAGAACACCCUCCCGUCCAGCACAGUUUUCCUGUGGAGAUCUCGGUGCGACCCCUUCGCAUUCAGAAGCGGGCACCGGCAUCCGUGUAUGGCGGAACCCGUGGUCCGAGACCCUUGCCGCCCUGUCCUACUAAUUCAAAGACGCAAAGUAUUCAUGGCAAAGAGAUACCCCGGCUCAAAAUGGUCAUGGAGGGCAAGAUGCACGAGGAAUACACUGAGGAACAUUUACCCCCAGCCCCUCCGCCUUUUGCCCCGGUGGGUCCAAGCCUCGAUGGCCCUCCGUACAAGGACGUCAGUGCCACACCUCUUACAACUUCCUCUUUAUCGGAACGUUUUGGGCCGUCAUUCAACGGUUCACGUCGUCGGCGUGGAAGUCAUCCAUCACAGUUACCAUCCGCUUUGACGGACCCUCCCAAUGAGCCACCCUCGCGCAGCGGAUAUAGCGCCGUGCAAGGCGCUGCAAGAGAGACAAGGGUGCAGAGCAGGACUCGAGGUUCCCGACUGGCAUUUGAUCCCUCGGUAGCGUAUGCCCAUGACCACCAGUACGGUUGUGUUGGUGAAUCUCGGGCAGUGGAUGCUAUGUCACUGUAUAGCCAUGCUGUAUCCUCCCAUAUCCAACAUUCCCCCGCAAAUUCCGGGUCACGCUACCCCCACAUCAGGUCCGCAAACAGAUCUUCUACACGACCUUUCUCCUCAAAUUUCGAUUCCCGUGUUCGUAGCACUGCAGGCCCAAUGUCCUUACAGUUUACGCCGGCUCUGUCGAUCGGUCCCUCGGUCUCAACGCAUUCGCUCAACCAUUCCCCUCCCACGAUGGAUGCUAGAUGUAGCUCGAGGAGAUGGGCAGCCUCGGAAUACGACAUUACAACCCACAUAUACUGUGAUUAACAAACGAUUCCUGUUCCGUUGGUUCGGAUGCCUGGUUUUGUGUACCACUAACGAAUUACUUCUGUACCGUAUAUACCCAUAUCAUGCUAUGUAGCUCCUUUUCGAUAUCUGAUGCGACACCACUGACAAGGUUCGGAUGAAUACAUUUUCUGUGCUUCAAGUUGCCAUCACAACCUGAGAGA